GAUUUGAAGAAGAAAUGGCUUGAACAGUUUGAAAUGGCACUGUCCAACAUAAGGCCACAGUAUGCAGAAACAAGUACGCAUGACUUUAAAAUGUAUACCUUCACUCGUGUAACAUCCUGCAAAGUCUGUCAGAUGCUUCUGAGGGGAACAUUUUAUCAAGGCUAUUUAUGUUCAAAGUGUGGGGCUGGAGUCCACAAAGAAUGUUUGGGAAGACUAGACAAUUGCAGCAGAGUUAAUUUGGUUGAGCAUGGAACCCUGAAAUAUGAGAAGCGACUGAAUGGACUUCGAAAGAGCUCCAGGCAUAUGGACUCAGGUUUACCAAAAAUGCAAGUGAUUAGAAACUAUACUGGGAUUCCCCAGCCAGCUCCACCUGAUGGCCCUCCACUAAACAUCCAGAUUGGAGACAUCAUUGAACUCAUCAAAGGAGAUGCACAUAGCUUAUUUUGGCAGGGUAGAAAUUUAAUGACCCAGGACCUUGGUUUCUUUCCAAGUGACGCAGUAAAACCUUGUCCAUGUGUUCCUAAGCCAGUAGACUAUUCUUCCCAACCAUGGUAUGCAGGAACAAUGGAAAGAUUACAAGCAGAAGCAGAACUUAUUAACCGGGAAAACAGCACUUACUUAGUGCGGUAUAGGACUAAAGAAUCAGGAGAAUAUGCCAUUAGCAUUAAGUAUAAUAAUGAAGUGAAGCACAUCAGGAUUUUCACAAGAGAAUGCUUUUUUCACAUUGCAGAAAAUAGGAAAUUUAGAAGUUUAAUGGAACUUGUGGAAUAUUACAAACAUCACUCUCUCAAAGAAGGCUUCAGAAGUUUGGAUACAACUCUUCAGUACCCAUAUAAGGAGUCUGAAAAUACAUUGGAACAAAGGAGCCACAGAGCAAGUAGCAACUUGCUGAGUCCCAAAGUCCUAGGGAUAGCCAUUGCCCGCUAUGAUUUCUGUGCAAGGGACAUGCGUGAAUUAUCCCUGCUCAAAGGAGAUGUGGUCAAAAUUUACACAAAAAUUAGUGCCAAUGGCUGGUGGAGAGGUGAAGUCAAUGGAAGGGUGGGCUGGUUUCCAUCUACCUAUGUAGAAGAGGAUGAAUGAGUUUCAGAUCCAGUUGGUACUUUUGAUCAUAAAUUUCAGGGACCUUAAAAGCCCCAUUGAAGCAUCGGCAAAGCAUUUUUCAUCUUGCUAAGUAUUUGAAAUGCAGCCCUUCUGUCUGUUGAAACUUUCCAGACCUAACACUGGAAUUCCUGAAGACGUUGUGCUGACAGCUUUAAUAUCUCAGUCAGAGCUGUGCAAAGAAGCUGCUUUACAGCCUCCCACCACUGGGGACCAGUACAAAACUCUAACCUCACCUUCCUGAAAAAUCAUUUCAAAACAGACUUCUUUUAAAAAUGCUUCAUUUCAUUCCAUCCACAGUGAAUACUAAAUACGUCUAGCAGUUUAUCAGCUUUACCUUUCUGUUAAUUGAUAUCUCUGAUGACAGUUAUCAGUUAUGACUGCUUCCGGAGAGAAAUGUUUGAGCAUUCCAUUAGUCAUGCGGUCAAUAUUAUUUCUCUUGAAAUAUCUUAUGGCACUAAUUAACUUGGCCAAUAAUUGCACACCUCACCAGUUCUGUAAUCUCUAAAUACACUUUUUGGGGACUAAGCAUAAAUUCAGCAUGAUUUGCAUGCCAUUUAGUGAAUGGUGGUGGGGAGAAAGAAUACAGGCAAAUUUAGAAUUGAAGUCCAGGGUUGUUUUAACUGGCUUAUCAGUGUCUUUUAUUAAAAUAUUUUAUGGAACCAAAUUUUUAAAAAGGGAUUGUGGGAUAUGUUUGAAAAAAGGAAUUUAUAGAAAAAGCUCCCUAACAUAGAAUAUUCCAUACAAAGCUGUAGGUUUUAAUACACAAGUCCAUACGGUAUGCUAAAUUCUGUAUAUUUAAGAGAAUUUCUACGAUUUUAUAGAGAAAGCUGUGGGAAUAGUUUGAUUAUGUUCCCUGACCAUUAUUAAAAAUUCUACUAAUGUUCAAGGUAUCUCUCCUAUGACCUUGCUUGGGUCAGAGGAUUAACAGCUUUGCAAAAUGCAUUGAGGGUCCUUAAGGUGAUUGUAUUACAUAGAAAAGAAGCAAUUCAGGUGAAUGAUACUGUGUCCGAUCCUCCAUUUUUUUAGAUGAGCUGAAUGAUUUCUUAAGGAUAUAACUUUUUUUCCCUUUUGUUGGGUUUCAUAGUUUGGUUAAAUUGAAAGCCAUGGCCACAUAUAAUAUUUCAUCUGAGAUUUCCAUUGUUUUAAGCUAUUGGGACAAAAUAAGGCCCUUAUAGUUUCCAAAAACAGAGCCUCUGAGGAUGUGUUUAUGCUCCAGCCCUUAGUUUUGAAAAAAAUACACAAGUGGUAUUCUUAAAACAGAUUGAGCAGUAGUGACUUACAUUUUAAGCACAAUACCCAAUGAGAAAAUACACAAGCAGCUCAUAAAAGCUCACAAAAUAUUGGGUAAAGUUCAUAUAGAGACUUUGGAAUUUGUGAAGAUCCAAAUUCCUGCAUAGUUCAAUUUCACAUUUCCCAGAGAAGCUCCUCUGGUGUGUCCUCUAUAAAGGUAGCCCACUUGUGCAAGGCUACAAUUAGAAAUGCAAAUCAAGAAACAUUUAUCCUCUAUUGAUUCACAAAGGGACUCUGGAUUGAUUCUGGAUCAGAUAUAAUCAAUAGUCUCCAGUUGACUUUCCCAGACACUGAGGUUUGUCUUAAUGUUAAAUGAACCAGUUAUUUAAUUAUACAUAAGUUGUAAAAUCUUUGUUCCACUAUGCUUGUAUAGAGUAUCUAGAUAAUCCCAGAAGAUACAGGUUUGAUUCUUCCUUCCUUCACACUUGCUUCUAACGGAAAGGUUGCCUAUUGCUUAUUGAAUAUUUGCAAACACAUGUAGCACAUUCGUUUAUCAGUCUGUCAUCAAGCAAUGAUAAAUUAGUAGGGAGAAAGGAGAAAGGGCAGAUGUCCAUGUUAGAAAUGCUCUGAACUUCUCUGGAAUUUUAUCUUCAUAAUUUAAUACCAGCAGAUAAUAAUUUAGUCUUGAGAAGUGCAAAAUGGUUUAUUGGGGGCAUUAUUUUGAUGCAACCAAUGACAGCCUUUAUCUGUGGUUCCAGAAUUGUAUGUAAUAACAUGUCCUGUCCUGAAAUGUUAGUCUAGGAAUAUAACCUUGGCACUUCUUUGUCUAGUGGACUGAUCCUUAAGUGGGCAAAACUGCUUGAUCAGGAGAUUUGCCUGUUUUUAAUGGAGCAGGGUUUUGCCUUUAGUUUGCAAGUUAAAUGCGUUAUGCUGUGUCGUCAUUGUUUAUAUGUCUUGCAAGGGAGAACCAGCUUAAUGUAAAGGUCUGGAGAAAUGUGUUGCUUGACCAAAACAUUUUUGAAUAAUAGUUUAAAAGCCACAAAGUUGGUGUUUGGUAAUAUUUUGCAACUCAGGGUCUAGUGGAACUUGGAUAAAUGAAGCCAUAUCUAAACAGUUUCUUCCAAGAUGCUUUCUGACGCAGCUUCUGCAUUAACUUCCAUAAAGAGAGAGAGACAGAUGCCACUCGGUAUGCUCAGUGGAUCUGGAGAGACUGCCCAUCUCCAUUUGUGGCAGAUAAAGCACAGGCAGCAAUGUCACCUCACUUGCCUGUCCCUUGGUGUCAUGGCUCCCCCUUUCUCCUGCCUUUCCUCCUUCUGUGUGCCCCAACCGAAGGAAGGAGGUGGGGCCAUCUUUUGCUGCUUGAAGUGGUUUGAGAGAGAUUGCGGGUUGGGUCUGGGUGAUCAGUGUGAAUCCCCUUGCACACGUUAGUCUUCUCAUUUCAGGAAAGGGAAUGGGGAAUCCAGUCAUUGAGGAGUUACAUAAGUGCGCAAAGUGUUAGGACUCUGCUCUUCCUUGUCUUCACUGAAUGCCCUGUGUUGAGUAAGUGAAAUGCUGCAUUGUGCUAUAUUUCAAAUACCAAAGAUUUAGUAGGCUGGAAGCCUUGCUGCUUCUUUAUUUCCAUGCAAUGCCUAUUUAUUUUCCCUGUGUCAGACCCUGCUCUCAUGCAGCGAGCUGGGGUAGUACUUUAAUUUGUAAUGUUAUGUAAAUAUGUGAAUAUAUUAAUAAACUGGUUAAUUACUUGUUUAAUGAGUCACAGUGUAAGACAGGUAAUUUGUAAAGAUUUGAUUUGCUUUUCUUAAAAAGAAAAGAUUACUUGUCCUUUCUAACCAUUUCCUGCACAUUUCUAGCAGUGUAUUUUGCAUUGUAAAGCUGAUAUAUUUAUAUUUGAGGUUGUAUCUUUUCCAUCAACGCUGAACUAAAAUAAUCCCUUUUAACUUCAUAGCCUUUCUCCUCAGCUAUAAAGUUGGAUUCCCCUUCAUCAUUUGGGAUAGAGGACUGAACACAUUAUUUUAGAUAAACAUAAUCUGUUUCCUCUUCUUCUGUUACUUAUCUUUCGUCCAAUGAUUGGUUUUUGCUACAUCAGUAAGAUUCCAAAGAAAAUAACCUUAUAUUCAUUUUUUUCCUGCUAAUUUAUAUGCAACACCAUUCUUUUGACAUAAGGAUGAUCUACAUGGUCAAAUUAAUAAAUGUCUUAUUGUUC